AGACUCCAGGCUCGCGCACUAUACCAGAGUAACAUCUGACACAAACGCACUGAAGCGGCAGACUUGGUUGAGAGGAGGAGAAGAUGCAGAGUUUGUCUGUGAAGGCCCUGACCCUGCGCCAGCUCGGGAGACUCACGUCCCUGCAGGUCCCGUCCGCGUGGCACGGUGCGAGCGUGUGUCUGCACUGCCCGCGGGCGCUUCACGCUCGUCAGCUCUGGGGCGCAGGCGCUCCUCUGGUGCAGCGCUCAGCGGCGCUUCUCAAACCACGAGACGCCUCCCGCACCUCGCCGUAUCAGCAGACCCGCUGUAAAGGCUACAAGCGGAGGAAGGGCCGAGCGGGAGGGGCCGAAGGGGAGGAAGAGGAGGAGGAGGAGGAGGAUCCUGAGGCGAGCGAUUACGAGGACGAGCUGCAGGACGAUCCCACGUUACCUAAAGACUACAGAGACCAGGAGAGGGCGCUACAGUCGCUACGCUUCGAUCUCGUCAUGAAGACGGGACUCGACAUCGCUAGGCAUAAAAUCGAGGACGCCUUCUACGAGCACAAGCUGAGACUAAACGGACAGAAGCUGAUAAAGAAGAGCAAAACUGUCAAAGUGGGAGACACACUGGACCUGAUCGUUGAGGAGGACAAAGAGAAGGACACGGUGACGCUGAAGAGGGUCGUCCUGAAGAAGAUUGUCGGAGAAACGAACGACGGAGAAAAACAGAAAGUCCUGCUGAGGAGCUGGAAACAUCUUCAGCUUCCCAAACGAGACGCCUUCAGGGAAUAAACCGCGUGAACAACGCAACGAACAAGAGAGCUUUAUUAGCACAGAGCGAGAGUGUGUUUCUCCUCCACGCCGAUCUGGAAGAAUGUGGUGCUGAAAACUGACAGAACGUAAUAAACAUUUUCACAACGUUGUAGAGACUCGAAUCGAGGAAGUGCACAGGAUUAUUUAUGGCUCGGUGUAAGAUCAUCUCGGGGGGGUUUAAUAUCUCACAGAUUAAACUUUCACUGAGUGAUGAGCCAAAGUCUGAUCGUUUAGUCACAUGAAAUACCGUGUUCAUAUGCAGUAGGCUGUAAUAUAAAAUAAAUUAAAACUGUUUAAAGUGUG